GUCCAAAUCGGGGCAACCGGACCGACUGACACUUUCUUUCAACCACCACUGACGCGUCCGUUCAUUCGUUUAUUUGCAAAACUUUUUGUUCAUUUUCACGCGUAGUCCAAGGACGGCGAUUGUCUUAUGGAUUCUAAAAUGCUCAGGGCCCACUCUCGAGAUGGGCGUGGCUCGCUUGUGUACUCGCGGUACGAUAACACGUCCAGGUCAGUCAACGUUCGUGAAACACGAGAAACCGUGGAAAGAGUGGACUUUGUGGAUGCAGGAGGGCGCGUCAGGUACUCCAGAGGCACCCGAGAGCAGGUUGUGACCGACUACCGGGCGACUACAAACUCUGGUUCAUACAAGCAUUAUACGCGAAACAUGGGCUGGCGAGGAUCACAAGCGGAUGGUGUACGCGCUAGGGAAUACGCACCUACCGGGUAUCUUGAACAAGAGUUGGGAAGUCGAAACAAUUCCAGUGAUGAAGAAAAUUCGUAUGAAAGAUAUGGGAGCGACGAGGAUGUUGAAAGUGGAAGAAAUGAUUCCCCUACAAACUAUUAUGGCGAGGACGACUACGAAGACGGCACAGCUUAUCAGCGAGAAACAAGUCCAGAAUACGAGUAUCACCCGCCUUCCGACAACGCUGCGCAAGAGUUCGAGGAUCAUAGCUAUGGCUUAGAUCAAGAAGAGCCUCCUUUCCCCGGCGACAACUCCGAAUAUUACGAAGAAUACGAAGGCACCCCUGAAUUAGACGGCGGAUAUGGGUACGAAUCGUACUCGCCACCAGCAUCUCCCGAGCUACAUUCGGACCAUGAGUACGGGAUAUACUCACCACCAGCCUCUCCCGAAGGCUCCCGUGAAUCAGAUGAUGGUUAUGAGGACGAGUCAUAUUCGUCACCAGCCUCUUCCGAGCCGUAUUCAGACCCUGAGGUGGGUCCAGGAAACGUAUUGUCAGGUUGAUAACCCAAUGCCCCUUAGUACUCGGAUCCAGACUCGUAUGAUGACGAUGAUGAUUAUGGUGACGGCGAUGACUAGAGGUGGCUGGUACGAAUGUGUGGCUAAAGAAGACCGAGCUACUCACAGGUACAUCACUCGGAAACAGACAAACCCUCAUGAAUCAUAAGUCAUGUAGGCCUUACUGGCCUUCAAAGCCAUCGAAAUAGACAUUGUCAGCCAGAUUGAGGGAGGACAGUAUAAAAUCGGUUCAGCUGGUCUCUAUGCAAAAGAGGUUUGAUAUUCUUGAUUCUACCAGAAAACCGGAUCAGUCGAAUCUUGAACAAAUGCUAAUCACUUCACUCUAGACCUUUCUCAUCCUACACAUAGGUGCAGUGGCCUAUGUCACCAGAAUUC